CAAUGGCGUCUGGUAAGAAGCUCUCCAACUUAAUAUUCCACUAGUGGCAUAAUCUUCAUCAUCUUCAGCAGACGACCUCGAUUUGAAUGAAGAUUCCCACGAGACGGAUUCGAACAAAGACAGUGUCAAAAAGAUAGUUUGGAAAGGAUUGGCUAUUGGAAAGCGCUUGGAGGACGUUGAGGAGCUUGUCGAAAAACAUUACGGAGAAGAAUUGAGCGACGUCGAUAAGGAGUACAUUAAAGACAUCUAUAUUGACCGUUUAACAGAGUUGUGGUUGCAAGAAACCAAAGAUAUCUUUUCUACCAUUAAGAGUGAUGGUGUUAUGUGUGAGAGCUUUGUUUCUCAGCGGAACGCUUAUAGUCUUAAGGAUCUUCCUGAGGUUUUCCGCGACUAUGACUAUUAUAAACUGCUUAUGAAGCACAUCUCAUUGAUCCGCAAUGAGGAAAUAUUAUUUAUAAAAUUUAAAAUCGAAUUCCUCGAAUAUAUAUCGAACGUUGCGGAUUCUGAUUUGAGAAAUUUGAAGUUCCUAAUAGCCUUUGAAGAUCAUUUGGACUUUAUUCCACAUCUGGACUUGGUAAACUUCCACAAUGGCGAAAUCGGUCUUACAACACUGAUAGAAAAUAUUUCAAAGCUAAAUGACAGUCAUGUAUUGCCGUUGAAAGAAGCUGCAAAAAACCUGCAGACUGAAAACCAGGAGAAAGGAGCAGGAAAUACAUUUAUUACAGAACUUAAAAAAAUGGUGGCGGUUUUCAUGAAACCCUUGGAGAUAGUGGAGAAAAUACUGGACAACCGUUUGUGUUUGGAAAUUCGCGCCGGGAAUCUUACCAUGUUAAGCAUUUUGCCUCAGGUGGAAGAAAAACUCAAGGCCAACUCCAAUAUUGAGGAAGUUCGAUUUGUUGCCACCGUUUUGCUGGUCAUUAACGCCGACCUGAAAAACGAAUUCUGGCAUGGAAAGAACAUUGUCAUGCUAACACAGACAUUGCGCAUCUCCGGUCAUGUGAAAUUGGAUGUCUCUGGCCUAAGCAACAGGCAUGCCUAUGGCAGCAAUGCGGGCACUUCUGCCGAUGGCAACGGCCUGCAGGGGAAUGAUGGCUAUGCUGGUGAGAGCGCUGGAAAUGUCUUCAUUUUUGCCGACAAAAUACAGAAUAUAGAACAACUGGCCAUUACUGCCGAUGGCGGAAAUGGUAGCAGCGGUCAAGAUGGAGGAGAUGGGAAGGACGGCAUAGAUGGCCAAGGAAUCUGUAAAACGAGAUUUUCAGAUAAAUUUAAAGAUGACUGCAAAGCAGAGCGCAGCUACGCAUAUAAUUUUUUUAUUCAGGGAGAGACAGAGGAAGGGAUGCAAAUCACCUACAGUCGCUACGACAUAAUAAUUUUGGCUAAUUCUUAUCUGCUUUAUUUAGGGUCAAAAGCAAAAGCUGGUGGCGAUGGCGGAGCAAAUGGUUUUGGGGGGCAAGGUGGCUUCCCUGGAGAGAUAUCUGUAAGCACAAAAGACACUGCCAAUGGCCACACUCUCAAAUUCGAAAAAAGUGCACGGCAAGGAAAGUGUGGCGAAAACGGUAAAGGAGGUCUCUACGGCAAGAUUGGCAAGGAUGGUUGCGAUAUAGGCUUCACAAACCAUAUUUUUGGAAACUUGAAGUACUUUGGCCUGGAUGAAAACACCAAAAUUGAAGUAAAACACCACAAGGAGUGUGUUCAAAAUUCUGUGUGGUGUGGCAAAAAUGGAAAGUACGUCACCUUCACCACAAAGACAAAUAAAUAUAAUACAAUAACCACGUUAGAGCAAAGAAGGAAAACCAGAGAGAACACUGAGAGAAAGGAGAUGGCACUGGCGACGCGCAAGAAGGCUAUUUCGCAAAGUAGUAUUAUGUCGAUUUACUCUCAAUAUAUUGAGAAAUCAAUGAAAACCAAAAUGCAGGAUUUAAGCUUGGAAGCGGAGAAAUAUCAAGAAUUAGCAAACAAAAUAAAAACAGAACUAGAACUACGUUUGCAGGCUGACAAACAAACCACGGAGCUCGCCGUACAACAUCAUCUUGAGUCGGCCUCUCUUGCCCGGCGCAAACCUUUCAGGAAAUUUGAUUUUGAAGAUACUUUGAAAGACUCAGGAACGGAGAACGAGCUCGCUGACAAAGUGAUAGCUGAGCCACUAGUGCUAGAUAACUGGCUGAAACUGGAGGGGAGCAGGAUAAGCAGCUCAAGAAUGAAGGGCUUAUCAGAGAGUUUUCUGAAGCUGAAGAAACAGAAGGAGGUGGAUUCGAGCAUAGACAACACUAAAUUUGCAGCUAUUGCCAAGGUGUGGGAACUCAAGAAUGGACUAUCUUCGCUGGAGAAAUGCGCAAAUGCGUUAUCGCCACAUCCCCAAGUACCACCGGGUGGAAGCUCAAAUCUGACUCCGGAACAGGCAGCUAGAUAUCUCGUUGAGGACAAAGAUGAAGGCAAAGAAAUUGUUCAUGAAGUGCUGGGACCUCUGCAUGAAUACUUCUACGAAAAUACCCCAAAGCAGCGUGAAAGCGUCGUCAGCUUUUUCAGCGUAAUACUAAAGAUGGGUGUGAACGAGUUGGAGGACAGAGAUAAAGGCAAAGUCAAAGAGGAGAUGCAGAAGCAGAAGGACGAGGAUACGGAUAAGAUCCAUAAGGCAGAGCAGCAGCACCAAUCAUCAGAGAAGCUCACUGACUACAAUUAUCAAAUCGUAAAAGCUACUUUCAGACGAUUUGUAAUGGAGGUGGGUGAUUUGCCUCAAACUCAUUCCAGUGUCAGGAAGUUGUAUAAUGAGUGGAAAGCUUUUGAGGAAAAGAAGCCUAGCAUGAUCGACAUUCAUUUCGAAACAUUUUACAACGAGUUAACCAAGCCAGUACACACUGCCAUCUAUGAGCUGUGGCUUGCUAGUAAUGAUGACAAAUCUCUACAAAAAAAUCUGGAAGAGAAAACUAAACAAGAUUCUUCCCUGUACAAGCUAUUUGAUCAAUGCAAAGCUCAACUUGAAUUGGAUUAUGACUGGGCCAAUUGUUUCGUGAACGAAGAUGUUUGCAGAGAACUCAAUGACCACAUUCUUCACAAGGGUCCUAUUUCCGUGGCCUUUCGAGAACUAUUAGCAGUCAUAUUUGAUAUUAACAUUCGAGUGUAUUCCAAAGAUGAAGACAAUAACCUAUAUGCGAUCAACAAUCACAAUGCCAAUGCAGGGAAAGCCAUACACAUCCUUGAAAAAAAUGAAAAGAAAUUCGUUCAACUGGCUAUUGACGAGGAUUUGUGGUUGCUAGAAGAGCAACGCCUAAUAAAUUCUUCCGAAUAUUGCAAAGAAUUGGACACCUUCCUCCAGCUCCCAGCUUAUCCCUUCGACAUACAAGAAUUACUGGAAUACUUCCCAGUGAAGGAGAGAAUAGAUUUGCGGAAACGUCUAAAGAAAAUUACGCUUAAGUCUGUUCAACAGCCCGAAAUUUUGUUGGGAAUUCUAAGGCGAUUCCGAUCGGACGGCCGCCACAUAUCCUUCCAAGAGUUGUGCCUUCUUAUAAACGCCAUUAUAGCGGCAAGUCAGAUUGAAGAUAAAAGACUUGGUCAAUACCCCUUGCUGUGGAUAGUCAGCGCAUAUCCGCAAACUAGCUGGAUCGAUGAACUGCUUUUGCUGCAAAUGGAGAACUACUUUCGAAAGCCCCUUCCACGGAAGGUGCAGUGGAGAGAAUUGCUAAAAAAAAUUGAGAAUGUCAAUGUUCUGUUGCUACUGCACCAAAAACUGGAAAACCACCGAAAUGCUAACUCCGUUACCAUGGAGAUCAUUGAGGAAAUCCUCUUUAUGUUGAGCAACAAUCCCAAGGAUGUCAAUAUUAAAUGCAAGGAGCUGAAAUUGCACGAAUGGCAAUAUGCUUUGAAGGACCAUUAUUGGAGCAACAAAUUGGAGAAGUUUGGAAGGUUAAAUAACAGCGACUUGGCCACAGCUGCGUAUUAUCUGCUGUCCGCCGUAAACACCUUUGGGACUGGCCUAGUGGAAACAUUUAUCGAGAAACUGCAGCAAAACACAUCAGAUCUGCUGACUGCUGAUGUGCUCAUCGAAAUAUUGUCGAACUUCCAUAACCAAGAGUGGGCAUUGAGUGACGCUGUGAUCGGCAGACUAGACUCUCUCGAUAUUACACAAUGGCAGUCGGAGAUGCGUCAAAAAUUCUCAGCCAUUGGCAAAGAUCGCAACAUAUCGCAGCUAGUCGAUGUAAUCAAAGGCAAUGACAACACCUCCAAGAGUAUUUCCGAAAAUCUGGCUACCAUAAAGGAGCAAGUCAAGCAGAUUUCCGGUCCGAGCUACACCAUCAAUGGCAAGGCGGUGGCAGAGUUUACCGAGAAUGAUAUCAACAACUGGAGAAAGGAGUUCAGUGGUGGCGUGGAAAAGUAUGAGGAAAUAUUUGCCGUGAUCAAUAGAGCGAUCAAGCUAAAGAAUGGUUGGGAACUUCGCGAUACCCAAAAGUUAACCACUUUUCUGUUACUGGCCAAUAAGCGAAAUAUUUUGGCCCAGGUGGCCACAGGCGAGGGCAAGUCAAUAGUGGUUGUGGCCUUGGCCAUCAUGAAAGUUCUGUGUGGCCAGAAGGUGGAUGUUGUGACUAGCUCCUCGGUGUUAGCCAAGCGAGAUGCAGAAGAAAAUAUCGCCAUUUACAGAAUGUUCGAUGUCAGCGUAUCCCAUAAUUGUAGCAACAAAAUAGACAAACGAAAGGCUGCAUAUUGCAGCAAUGAGGUCGUGUAUGGGGACUUGUCCAAUUUUCAGCGAGAUUAUCUGCUGCAUACCUUCUAUGGAACAAAUAUACUCGGAGAUCGUCGUUUUCAGAAUAUAAUCGUCGAUGAAGUGGACAGUAUGUUGCUGGACAAGGGCAAUAACACGCUUUACCUCUCCCAUGAAAUCGCCAGUCUCGAUAAAUUGGAGUCUCUGUACAUUUCCAUUUGGCAGUGGAUAAACCAACCCGUUAGCGACAUGGAUGAAUUUGUGGCUUUGAUGGAUACCGCUACCAUUAAGGAAGUCAUUCUCCAAGAUCUAUAUGGCCUUAUGAAGAGAGAGGAUAUGGAACUACUUGGUCCAGAUUUGAGUGAGGUAGAAAAAGACCUCAUCUACGAACGUUUGAUCGAAGCCUCGUUCAUCGACAAUCGAGGAUUUCUCUUGAAACAAAGCAUCGAUGACAGCUACCUGCUCAACAGAGUACUGCAGCCGGAGUUCCAGCAAUACCAGAGCCGACUAAGUCACCUCUUCCAGCAGUUGUUCCGUAGGGACAGUCAUAUAAACGUGCCCAAGCACUUGGCCGGUUUCAUUGAGCAUCAUUUGGAUUCCUGGAUAGAGAAUGCAAAAAUUGCAUUUAGAAUGAAAGAAGGCAUUGAUUACGUCGUCGAUGUUGAUCGAACUGGCACCAGUGCAGACCGCAAUCCCAACAUCACAAUCAUAGACACUGACACGGGUGCGGAUCUCAACAAUUCGCAAUGGGAUAACGCUCUGCACCAAUUCCUUCAACUAAAGCAUGGCUGCAAAUUGUCGCUGCAGAGUUUGAAGGCUGUUUUCGUAUCGAGCGUUUCCUACUUCAAAUUGUACAAAACGUUGUACGGGCUCACAGGAACCCUCGGUUCGCCAAGAGAGAAGGAUUUGCUACAGGACUUGUACAACGUGGAUUUCGUUACCAUACCCACUUCCAAGUCGAAGCAGUUUACAGAGAUCGAACCCAUAAUUUGCGCCAACAAACGCGAUUGGGUCGUACAGGUGAAACAGUCGGCAAAAAACUUGCUCGACGAACGGUCGGUUUUGGUCAUUUGCGAAUCAGUGAAAGAUGUAAGGACUCUGGUCCAGGCCUUCGGUGGAAGAGACGCCAAAAAUGUGCACUCGUACACCAGAGACUAUGAAGCAUUCGAUCUGGCAAAGGGCAAUGCAAAAUUGGAAAAAGGUCAUGUUAUUAUUGCCACAAACCUGGCGGGACGAGGGACCGAUUUAAAGAUCACCGAUGAAUUGGAAGCGGCCGGAGGCCUGCAUGUGUGUCUUACAUAUUUGCCCAACAACAUUCGAAUCGAACAACAAGCUUUUGGGCGAGCAGCGCGCAAGGGUGAUAAGGGAACUGGUCAGUUGGUAAUCGUGGAUACAAAGGGACACGCAGAGAACACUCACACAAAGAUUUUCGAUCUUCGUGAAGAGGCCAAGACCGAUGAAAUACACCGGCUGGCAUCCAUCAAGGAUUACUACGAAACCCAGAUAACUGUGGAGGAGGAAUGUUUUAAAGCCUUUAGAAAUCAGUUCGAAACACUUAAGGCCAAUCUAAAUGAUGCGAAGGUUGCAGUUGACGUCACAAACAUUCUGUUGCACAGCUGUCUGGACAAGUGGGCCUUUUGGUUGGACAAAUACGCUGAUAAUAUUAAGAAACAGAACGAAUCCAACAAUAAAAAUCGCCUAAAGGACUCGCUCGAGAUAUUUAUCUCAGAUCUGAAAAAGCUCGAGUUUGAUGAGGCCAGCGCCACGAACAGCUAUACCUGGUUUCCAUGGGUAGAGGAAAACCCAGUGGCUUCUACUAAACUCGGCAGGCAAUUGGCUCAGGGUGACGAUGGGGAUAGACAAAAUGCCAUAGUCCUUUUCGAUAAGGUGAUCAGUGAGGACCCUGAAUUUUCUGAGACAGCACAUUAUUACAAGGCGUAUGCCCUAUCAAAGGAACCAGAGUGGCUAAAUAAACCAGAACAUGUGGAGGAUUUCAGGAAAGAAUUGCAAGAAGCCCAGCGCCUUUUCACGAAACGCCAAGAUUCGUUGAUACUGGCCUCCGCAAUAAUUAGGAAUUUUAAAAACAAAAACGGAGGCGGUAUUAUCGAAAUCGAUGGCUAUGAAGUACAGCAAAAGAGUUUCAUUGAUCUGUACCGAUUAUUUCUUCAAUCCGUGGAUGAUAUAGUGGGAGUUGCAGUAUCGCCCACAUGGUUUACUAAUAGAGGUGUCGAGGAGGAACUGUCGGGAAAUCUUUACGAAGAUCUGAUAACAGAAGGAGUUCUGAAACAGCCGCAAAUAGUAGAAAAUAUUCCUCAAGAGAAACUUCAAGCCAUUUGUUUCAGUUACGGGGUUCCAGUCGAACCUCUGAAUGAACUACUCUCUACCCAUAAGGGACAGACAGUGGACGAGCAAAGCUUCCUUAAGGCGCUGCGAGAAAAAGUGCCUAUGCCUAACAGCGAAUCUUUUUGGGAAGAGAUGCUUAGACUGGAGAUCCUCAAGGAUGAUCGACACGUUGUAAUGGUUGAUAAAGGAAAGCUUGCUAAGUGGAAUAAGGUACUGUACAGUGAUCUGCUUAAAAAAGUUGACGGUAAUACGUUGACUCGAUUAAAGAUUGAUGCUGAUAACAAAGACAUUAUUUUCCUUAAAUCUGUGCCACUUGUGGAAAUGGACUUUUUCGACCAUCAGAAAUUCGUAGACGAAAUGGGCGAGCGAGUAUUCGAAAAAAUGAAGAAGAUGACAGUGGUUCAUACAAAUAGGCAAGGGCGUCUAGACCCAAGCAAGGCUGAUUCGGUAAAAUUGUCCAAUUAUGAUUCCAUCUCAGUGAAUGAUUUUGCCAUGGGUGGCAUUGCGGGAAAAGAUGUUGAAGUUAUUUUGCAGGAGCUUGAGCAACGCAGAUAUAUUGAAAAGAAUGAAGACUCUAAGUCUGACACCUAUAGACUGCUAAUUGAAUACGACGAAAUCGAGGAUAUUGAGCUGAAACCUUGUCCAGUCUAUGAGAUGUCUGUGAAGGCCCUUUUGAAUUCGAGCUUUGCCUACCGAAUAGCUCUUCAGCAAAUUUUAAGACAGGUAGAAAAUGAGAAUUUUCCCUUGAACCUUACCUUAAUGGUGUCACCGCAUGCAAGUUUGUUCUCCGAUCUGUUGGAGGAAACAAUUGUCAAUAAAUUCCCUUUGAGCUGUUCGGAGAAUGACGUUAAGGAGGCCUUGAAAAAAGUUUUAACGCAAAACAAUGUGGAAUGGCGGAAAGAUGUUUUCACCAAACUAUCCAAGGACCUGUUUGACACCAAGGGCAAACUACUGAUUCUGGAGACACCGGACCCAAAGUUGGCCGAUCUGAUGGAAGUCAGUGGUGAAUGUAAUUUUGGCAAUGUCGAAGAAGUGCAGACUCUCUCCCUCAAUGGUUUGGAUAAAUUGCUCCAAAUGGAGGAGACGAAAUGGUGGAUGAAAAUUAUGUUGAGCACCACUCUAGUAACUGCCCUGGGAGUUGUGAACACAACCAUAGGCACUGCUAUUGAGCUGCUUGCGACCGGAGUCCUAAAUGGUGUAGGCGGACAGCUCAUGAAGGUGGGAAUAGGUAAGAUGGUCACCGCUGUUCGUUCCCUGUACAAUGAUGCGACAAAUAAAAUCCGUAGAAUUUUAGAUCGCUCCGUGGGCUUCGUUCAAGCGUGGCAUUCGGUAAGACUGCGGAAUGUUGUCCAUUUUGGUUAUAAAUUGGCGAUUAUUGCUCUAGAGACCAUGGAGAAUGUUAAACCUCAGUUGAAGUUUGCAGUUAAACUAGCUAAGCAAACGGUGACAAAAGCCGUAAACACCAUUUGUGUUAAGGUUCCCAACAUUAUAAAUGACAUAAAGACGUUAUGCGAGUCAGAUUUUUCAAGCGUUUUAGUUACCAUAGUUUCGGCAGUUUAUGACAUUGCACUUAAGUAUAGACCAAUACACGAAACGUUGGAGAGUGCUUACCGCACCCUGAACGAAGAAAUAGCUUCAAACAUCGUCGUCAAAGUGAUUGACACUUUUGUUUCAUUUAACCACAUGGAAUCAUUUUUUGCGAACAUUAUCCAUAAGGCGGGGAAUGAAUCUGCAGAGAAGAAAUCCUAUUUAAAUCUUGUCAGUACCUGGAUGGAAGCACAAAUGAAGAAACUAUUCGACAAACCCAAUUUAAAAAAAUCAACUUCCUCCUAUCUGGAUAAAUUGAACUGUGAGCUUGCCAAACAGGUAGAAGAUGCGAAGAUUCACAUAGAAAAGGAAAAUGUCAACGAGAAGGCUCUGGCGGAUUGGAAGACGUGUCAAGUAAAGAAGUUUGUAGAAAAACUGACACAAGAAAUGGAACAAUUGGUAAAACUUCACAUAUUACGACCAAUGCUAGGAAAGGCCAGAGAUCUGGCAAAAAGGACUGAGAACGCUAUUCAGAAGAGACUCUACCAAGAGGAGGGCCUAUAUUGGAGCCGCUUCGCCAAACUCAAAGAACAAUAUGGCAAGAAAAUGCAGGACUCCCAGCACAAUGACAAUAACCAGGAACCCAUACUGGAAAGCCAUAUAACCAACACAUACCAUAGAGAAUUGCAAAAGCUUAUAGGCAAGACCAAAGACCCACACCUUUUUGCUGAGAUAGUGCGAGAUAAUGUUCCCCUGAAAGUGGCUAGUGUUGCGCCAUGCGUUAAGGUAAUUCACAAAGUUUUAGUGAAGAACGGCUGCAAAGGAGGUCUAACGAUUCUCAUUGAGAAUGAUGAGGGUGUAACGCAAACGUUUUCCUCCGGCCUUAAUGGAGCCGUGGUGCGCCUCAAAGUCAAGGACAAUAAUUUCCAGCUCACAGACAGUGAUGAGAGUGAGAGUAGUAGCAGCAGCAGCCCUUCAAAGGAAUCCUUAUAUGAGGCCCUUAAGAAAGCUGUACCUGAACUGAAUAAUGUUUCUGGUGGAGAUUUUCGCCAAAGAGUAGCGGAUAUCAUUGAACAGGAUGUGGACAUACAAGACUACAUACGCAAGCGUUGGAUUCUGGAAAGGCAUAAAGACACUUUUUCAACUGAAUUACCAGUACCAAUCGAUAGCAUUUGCAAAAGAAUCGCAACAAAGAAGCCUUACAUAUCAUAUGAACCUCAGUCUGGACAUGUAACAACGGCUGAAAUAUGAUUUGAAUGAAAGUUUUACCACAGAUUCCGUGGAUGCCAUAACAGGGAUUCGAUGUGAUUUUGCCAAGAGCGCUCUGCACAGCAGCGAUAGACAUUAACUACACAGAAAAUAU